GCACAUCUGACUGAUAGACUGACGGAUUUGCACUAUGUCUGGCGCAGUUUUACCAUGGUUCAUGACAGCGUGACUUACACCAGGGGUAACUACUGCCGAGUCCCCGUAUUCCGUAUAGUCCACCCUGGGCAGGGAGCUGGAGGGAGUCAGGUACUCCCGUGUUUGUACGACGAUCUUUGAGCGGCCCUCCCUGGCUCGCGUGACCGAGGGAAUGAGGAUAUCGAUCAAAGUAUAAGUGAAGCUCCUCCCUCGAGUCUCAACCAGCUCAGAACUUCUAUCUCUCAUCCCGCUUCACCAGUCCAACAUUCCUCAGUCCAAUCCGCCAUCGCCAGCAACAACAGAGCCACCAAACCACAAAGAUGCAUCUCCUCCCAUCUCUCACCGUCCUCGCCACCGCCUUCACGGCCCUCACCUCCGCCGUCGCCCUCCCCCAGUCCGGAUCCGAAGUCGAGUCGCGCACCUACGAUGAUAAAAACAAGUGCCUCCGUGAAGACGAUGCCAACACCCUCCGGGAUGCCUACGUGCGCAUGAUCAGCGCCUGGAACAUCGCCGAUGCCAAGUACCUCACGGACGACUUCAAAGACACGAGCGGUAGCAUCAACAUCUUGAUCGGGAAGCCGUUGGACGGAUCGGUGCCUACGUUCGCGACUAAGCAGGAGUUUGUGGAUCAUAUGACUGUUAUGCCCGACAACCUCCCCCUCCAAGUGACCUUCUCCACCUUCAACUGCAACUACAUCACCGUCAUCUGGCACGCCACCUUCGGCGCCGCCCAGAAGGCCGUGCGCGGCAUCGCCGUCGCUGGCGCGGUGUACAACAAGCAGAAGAAGAUGUGGCAGAUCAAGAGCGUGGAUGUGGAGUGGAACUCUUUGGCUUAUCUUUUGGAUAUUGGGGGGAGCUAUACGUUGCCUGGACAGGCUUAGGUUGCUGAACCGUCAGGGCAGGGGGUUAAGGGGAGUGUGAGUAGGUAGGAGAGAUUGAACCUAGGGACUAUGGGAGGUGGGGGGAGGGGGAAGCCAAGGGUGUGGUGCUGCGGUGAAGAGGUUGUGGAAAGCGUGAGUGAGAAUGAGCUGGAAUGUAUCCGUGGUGAUUGGGUACGCGAGCCGAACCAAAUGUCGGUGCCCAGACCCGUUCGGAAUGUUCGCUUCGUUUUCAAUCCAAACGGCGAAAGGGUCAAGGGCCAAGGGGCAUAUCGGGUGCCGAGCCGGGAACGGGCAUUCCAGACAAGGUUGGCGGCAUCGGUUUGCAUGCAAGGGACCCGGUGGCCGGUGCAUGAUGUGUCACGCGUGUGGGUACCUGGUCUGUCUGGCUUACUUUUCGUAUUUUUAUCAGAUUGCUGGGUAUCUGUUGGAUAAGAGUCCCAUCGUUGGAUAUAAU